GAAGUGUGAAAAUGAAAUGACAGGACAUUGGACAGGUGGAGUUACUUCCCAUCUACCGCGCGACCCCUGCACGAGUCCGGGUUGCGACCGGAAGUGAUCUAAUUCCAUACCCGUUCCAAGAGGCCCGAAAGAAUCGGGGGAUUUCUAUGGAAGAGAUGUCAGGAGAAAGUGUGGUGAGCUCUGCUGUGCCGGCAGCUACAACACGGACCACCUCCUUCAAGGGGUCCAGUCCCAGUUCCAAAUAUGUGAAGCUGAAUGUCGGGGGAGCGCUGUACUACACCACUAUGCAGACCCUGACCAAGCAGGACACCAUGCUGAAGGCCAUGUUUAGUGGCCGUAUGGAGGUCCUUACAGAUAGUGAAGGCUGGAUUCUGAUUGACAGGUGCGGGAAGCACUUUGGGACCAUUCUGAACUACCUGAGAGACGGAGUCGUCCCGUUACCUGAGAGCCGGAGGGAGACGGAGGAGUUACUGGCAGAGGCAAAGUAUUACCUGGUGCAGGGCCUGGUGGAUGAGUGUCAGGCGGCAUUACAGAACAAAGAUGCAUACGAACCAUUCUGUAAAGUUCCACUGGUGACAUCAUCUAAGGAGGAACAGAGGCUCAUUGCCACUGCUAAUAAGCCUACAGUCAAACUGCUGUACAACAGGAGCAACAAUAAAUAUUCAUAUACAAGCAACUCUGAUGACAAUAUGUUGAAGAACAUUGAGCUGUUUGACAAGCUGUCUCUGAGGUUCAAUGGCCGAGUGCUCUUUAUCAAGGAUGUGAUUGGUGAUGAGAUUUGUUGCUGGUCCUUUUACGGCCAGGGCAGGAAGAUUGCAGAGGUGUGCUGCACAUCAAUAGUCUACGCUACUGAGAAGAAGCAGACAAAGGUUGAGUUCCCAGAGGCUCGCAUCUAUGAAGAGACCCUCAACAUCUUGCUCUAUGAGUCUCAAGAUGGCCGCGGACCUGACAAUGCACUGCUGGAGGCCACAGGUGGCGCUGCAGGUCGUUCCCACCACAUCGAUGAGGAUGAAGAGAGGGAGCGCAUUGAAAGAGUGCGGAGGAUCCAUAUCAAGCGCCCUGAUGACCGCACUCACCACCACCAGUGACUCCACAGUUUCUCCUCUUUUCAGUGCCUUAACAACUACCUACCAGCGCUUCAGUUACACCACUCUAUUUGCACACAGACACGUCAGUUAAGUUUAUCCCGAGUCUUCUUCUUUAAAGAGAAUCGAAUACUCACAGAAUCGCUAGUAUUGAUAAUGUUAUAUGAAUAUAGCAUAUAGGGCAAUGCAGCAUUGACCUCAAACCUCAGUUGUGCACUUUUGAGGACCUCACUAAAAAGAUACUAUGAUGGUGUAAAUGUAAACCGAAGUGCACAACGGAUGGUUAGUAUUACUGCAUUCAUGACAUUCCCUGAACAUUUUGCCCUAUUUGCUAAUCAUAAAGCAAAUUCUAAUGAAUAUAUCAAGUCGAUCAGGUAAACUAUCAUUUAAUUGUAGUUUUGCAGCGAAUGGAUAUUUUCCAGAUUUGGUUGUCAGCCGUAGUAUUUUUGUAGUUGAUAUUAUUUACCUUUUUUUUUUUUGAGUGAAGACUGUAGGGUUCCUGGUGCCUUAUAGGUUAAUACUGGUCUGUUUUGAGAGAUUUUUUGUUGUGUAUUGUGUGAUAGACAUUAGAUUUUUGUGGCUUUUGAGUUUAGUUUAUCCCUCUUUUCUUGUUUAUUUUGUUUGCUUUGUCGCUUUGAACUGAAGUGUUGGAGCCAGGAUUUCACAGUGCUGAUAGUGUGUCUUACUGAGAUUUGAUUUGAGAUUCAAGUGAAAGUGUGGGUGUGGUUUAACAGUCAAGUGAUCAGUGAAUUCAGUGAAGGAGGAUAUUAUUAUUGCCUUAUGAGAAGCAUUCAAUCCAUAACUCCCCUAUUUUUACAGUCAUUAGAGAAGAGUGUCAUACAAAUUAUUAAUCUGUCAAUUUUCAUUUUAUUAUGCUUGUGCAAAAACAUUUAUGUAAGCUGUCACUUGAUUGUAUGUGCUGGAUUUUUUUUGAGAGGUCUGUAUGAGUUUGGCCAAUAGAGGGUAGUAUAGUGUUAUGGUGUUUUCACUCGUACAUGAGGAGGCACUUUUAGAUAAUCAAAGCCAGUAAUUUGUGAAGUUUAGCUACAAUCACUAAAAAAGAUUAUGCUAUUAAAUACCUUUCCACUGCACUGUAUUAAAUUCCAUCAAGUUAAUUACGCUUCUGGGUUUUGUAAGUGAUCGCAUACAAGUAAAGAAACUGAGAUGUAGUCAGAAGCGUUCGGAUGUAACUUAUAUCGCUAAUUGAGUGUAAUCAGAGACUGGACCACGUCAAAGAAGCUCCAGGAAGUACGAGAGUACGGGCUCUCCUCUGCUGCAGACAGCUGGUUUGUGAUCAUUAGUUUUAUUAAAGGUAUAUUUAAAAAAAAAAAAAAAUUAAAUCUGUAAUACUGUAGACAAGUUUGUACAGACGUGCACAUGAAUACAAAUGUUUUACAUACAAAUUAUUUAUACACACAUUAUAACAAAUAAAGAUUUCUACAAAUUUUGUAGAUCAAACUGCGCAUUUGCUUUAUUUUAUUUC